UUAGUUUAUGAUUGAACGCCAGACCAAACGACGCAUCGUGACGUCUGCAAAAUUUAUAAUGCCGUCAAAUAACGAUGACUACAAUUCGGAUGAGUUGGAGGCGCCCACCUGGCUGAACGAAGAAUUCUUUCAGGAGGUGUUAUUGGAUCAUCUUAAGGAACCGAAACUGACAGUGACUGCAGCAAAGAUAUCGCCGGCAAGUGUUAAGGGCGAUCACUAUGCGAGUGUUAUGUUCCGUGCCAAUGUCGAGUACUCGACAGAAAAGAGAAAGUGUUCAAAGUCGCUUAUCAUUAAGACAAUGCCAGAGGUGGAUGGACAUAAAAAAGAGCUCGUUGGCGAAUCCAAAAUAUUCCAAACAGAGAUUGAAAUGUAUACGGAAGUGUUUCCCAAAUUCGAGGCGAUACUUCGGGCAGCUGGUGAAGAGACGAAGUUCUGUGCGACCUGUGUGUAUUACAGCAUGCAGCCACGACAGAUAAUGAUCUUCGAGGAUCUGUUGCCUCUGGGCUACGAAGUGAUUCGCAAUCGAAAUGCCACACUAGACGAGCUGCGAGCCGUGCUGGCAAAACUGGCCAAGUGGCAUGCGGUCAGCUUCAAGUUGUUGAAGGAGCAGCCAGAAAUAUUUGAUAAGCUACAAUAUGAUGUGACAACUAUCCCAAACCUAUUCGAACUGGAAGUCAUAACCAGCGGGCUGCCCAACUUUAUAAAUAUGAUCAGCCAGGAGGACAGCUUAAAGACGUAUCGCAAAUACUUUGAGCCAAUGCGUGAAAAUAUUCUUAGUCGCUGGCGAGACGUCAUACGAGAAUACAGGCAGAACCGACAAGCCAAUGCAUAUUAUGUUCUUUGCCAUGGAGACUUUCAUAUCCGUAAUAUUAUGUUCAAGGACCACGAUUGCAUGCUGAUUGACUUCCAGAUGUCUUCUGUUGGAUCCAUUGCUAACGAUCUGCAGUACGCCAAAUACAUGCUGUUAAGUAGCGACGACCGAAGGGACAGAUGGGAUGAACUUCUUUACCAUUACUUUGAUACCUUUACGAGGACAUUAUCUAAAAUUGGAUAUGAAGGACAUAUGCCCAACCUGGUCGAAUUGCGUCAGCAGAUUUUUGACAGAAGAUCCACUGAUUACUGCCUGCUCACAACAUUUUUGCCUGUUUCGUAUAGCAUGCGUAAAGGCAAAGACCCCAAUGAAUUGAUGAAUAACGAAAAACGUCGCUUGGAAUUGUAUCAAGACAAGGAUUACAAACAAGAACUGAAAUAUCUGCUGCCUCAAAUGUUACAUUUGGGUUACUUUGAGCCUCCAAAAUAAGAAACCAAUAUCAAU